AGUUUUGAUUCGAAUAUGAAGUGCUGGGGUUCCAUACUGUGGUUCGCAGCGGGACUGCUGCUUUUAUCAGCCCUCAGUGGGGUCUGUGGCAAGAAGAUGCCGAAGUACUGUAAAAGGGAAAAGAAACUGCCCACCACAAAGACGAACUACUGCGGCGUGGAAUCGUGUGGCACCCUCGAGAACCUUGGAUGCAAAAACAAUAUGGCAUUUGUGCAGGGUUGCGCGGGUACGAUGUUCAAUGUAUCCGCUGCGAUGCGAACCUUUAUUGUGAAGCAACACAACAUCUACCGCAACCUCGUGGCCAGGGGAAAGCUCAACGACCUGCCCCCCUCCGGACGCAUGCUCAAAAUGCAGUGGCACGAAGAGCUGGCCGAGAUUGCGAGAUUUGCUGCGUAUCGCUGUUCGAUUGGCCCGAUCUACCGAUGCUUUGCCACCAUGGAGUUCCCGGGGCCCGGCUACAAUACGGUGUACAAUAAAUUUCCCAACGCCCAGGACCCCACGAAGAUUGUCCGGGCCCAGCUGAAGGUCUGGUUCGAGCAGUACGUGUAUGCGAACGCCAAGAGCAUUUUAUCGGGCAGGGCGCCCGGCGGCCAGGAGAUUGGACACUUCCUCCAGAUGGUGACGGGCCUGAGCGAUCGCGUUGGCUGUUCCAUUUUCAGGUCCACGCACUUUGGCUUCCGCUACCAGGUGCUCAUCUGCGCCUACAGCUGCUCCAGGCAGAAAAAAGUACCCGCGUACAAGUUGUCGCGCCUGCCGGGCGAACACUGUACGUGCGGAGCCGAUCAGGAAUACAAGAAUCUCUGCAGCACAUUUGAACGGGUCACGAGUUGCGACACGCUAAAAGCAAACCUAAGCCAUGACUCGAAACUCGCUAGCGCGGACUACGUGGACCUUUGGGGUGGAGAUAAGGCAAAGAAAAAAGGCGCCAAUUUACUCAGCCCCUUGGAAAACAUCGCCAAUUUUUUACAAGGAAGUCCUAAUGGAGCGGGCGCGGAUCAAAAGGAAAAAGUGUGGAGGCAGUCGUAACCUAAUAAUAUAUGUAUACAUACCUACAUAUGUGUGUAUAUAUGCACAGUGCAUGUAACGCAGAUUUCACGCUUCGAUUGUGCAAAUACACGGCUGAACUGUAAUGCCACGCAAAGAUUUAUUAAAGAUGCACAUCCAUCGAGGGUUGGGCUUCCAGCUCUAAGCAUA